UGCGGCUUAUCUUCUUCUUCUGCCCUUUCCUUACCUACCGCCUUGUCACUUGAACUGGCGACUAGGUCUUGAUAUCCAAAUUUUAUCAUCAUCGUAUGAACAGCCCUAUAUCCCCCAACCUCAAGCCUAUUUACUACCUAAAGUUUGGCCUUGAGCGGUGCUGAAACCCGCGAAGCCACCAUCGAUCACUAACUCGGACAAUAGGUCGAAAUUCACAUCUAAGUAUAAUCGCACCAUUCAAUUCAGAAACAAGGUGGUAAAAUCCCCUUGCGAAUAUAAAAUGGUGAAGAUUACGGCAAAAAACGGUGGUCCUGGUACCCGCUCUCGCAACAGAGACAUCAUCGUUCGCCAGGAUAAUAGAAACGAGGGCGGCAAGCUGCGAGGAUCGGAAAGAAUCAACUCGCUGGAUACUGAGAUGACAUCCGAGAGUAUUGAAGACAUGCCACAGCAAACUGAGACAGCUUCCACAGCUCCCACAGCAACAGGAACAAAUACGAGUGCUGCAACAUCUAAUUCAGGACGGGUGACACGCUCUAUGACUGGAUCACGCCCACAGCCGAUCAACAAUCCGCAACCGCAGCCCGAUGAAGUUCCGACUAAAAUAAUCAGGACUAAUUGCUACCGACUCAGAGAACGGCGCCUGGCAACACUUAGGGGUUACAAGCCCUCCCCUACUUUGACUCUUAUCUCCGAUGGUGGGCCUGGGGGUAAACCCUACAAAGUGGAGAUACGGGAGCGUACCACAAGCGAUGAGAGCAGUGCAGACAGUGAGAUGAGGGAUCAGGAUCAGCCCCUCGUCACGCCGCCACUGGAGGGUCACUCUAGAAAGCACCCGUUGACUGGCCAGCUUCGAGUGCCUGCUCUUAUUGACGAUGGCCAGUCUACGAUAGACGAUACUGUGUACACGGAGGACGCAGAGCCGCCCAAGAAACGAUUUAGAAUAGUUGACAAGAAGGAUAAGAAGGGCAAGGCGAAAGUUCGCACCUUAUACCUUCGUCGCUCGCCACGCUUCGUGAAGCCACUCACAGAGUUCCACAAAUAUCCAUUUUUACCCGAGGAACUCAAAAUCAUGAUAUGGGAGGCAGCAAUCGAGCCUCGCGUGGUGUAUAUCUGUAAUCGAGCUGCAGCAUCAUGGGGUGGUCUACAUUUUGGAGUACAAAACAAGAUGCCUGCUUGGUUUGCCACAUGUCACACAUCUGCGUGGGUCGCACGGCUGCAUUAUCAGAAGAUGUUUGCCCUCCAAACGCAAUUCAAUAUCGUCUGGAACCAGAGGACAAUCCAAGAUGUCAGUCCCAACAACGACAUCGUACUUUUUGAGCCCUGCCAUAGUGGAUGCCGCGGAUGCCACUGUGCUCGACACCAGUAUACCGCUGCUGAUCGUGCGGCAGUCCGUUAUCUAGCUAUUCAAACGGAGUCGCCGAACUUGACUGCGGCAACAGAACCAUGCUGGCAGUCUGUCACUCGAUCAUGGCCCAACGUAGAGACCCUCUAUCUAAUGCGGCUUGCAAUCAAAGGUCUCGAUAAGCGCGAUAAGGCUAUGAUUCGCGUGAAAAAGAAUGAUCUUGAGACUACGCUUCUGAAUCGGUUUGAGGAAUGGAAGAAGGACGCAGGGGCGGACGUCAAGAUCCGCAACAUAGAGUUUGUCGCUGUGGUACAGAAAGAAGGACCGAUCUUGAAGCCGAAAGAUCGUUACCAGUCAGUCCAUGACCGACUAACAGGGCUUCCGGAGGAUAUAAUCCUCGGUUGAUGCUUCAAAAUACGUCAAAUUAAUCAUAUUUGAACUUCAGCCAGACCUUCGACGAAACAACAAUUCUGUGACCUGAACUCUCGGAUUCCGUAUGUCCUUCUUGCUAGCAUUUGCCUGCUUAAGGUUGAUACAAUAAUAAAAUUUAAGGAUCAUGACGAAAUUUCCGGUAUCUCUCAAUAUGGCUGGAUACCUAAGGCACCUUAGUAUCUACCUGUCGCCCGGCAGCUUAAAACAUCCAUUGCAACUUAGCUUGGUUAUCUUUUAGGUAACUACGCUGUUUAAUGAUGU